AUGGGCGGUGGACCAGCAGCAGGACUCCUCCUUGCCAUUCUACCUGUACCCGAGCCCAUAGAAAUUCUCAACCAUCUUCGUUCCCGAUUUCCUGCCCUCCAAAUCACAUUCAUCCACAUCUCUCCAGCCGACUCCCGGAAUGCCGCUGUAAUCAAAGCCACUGUACCUCCUCACCUCUGGAAACAAGCCACGGUCCUCGUUACACUCUUCUCCUUCCCACCAGAGGUCGCCGAUGUGCCCAACCUUGAGCUUGUACAUCUGAUAUCCGCAGGCAGUAAUCAGCUGCAAGGGCAACCGCUUUGGAAUGACAGUGAUGUUACCAUCACCACUUCUUCGGGAAUUCAUGGCCCACAGAUCGCGGAAUGGGUGAUUAUGACGGGGCUUGUGGCCAGUCAUAAAUACCAACAGCUCUAUGAAUCACAAAAGAAGAAAGUGUGGGAUAAAGGCGGGAGUGAAUACAAAGUGCGAGACCAAGUAGGAAGGAGGUUGGGCGUGUUGGGAUAUGGAAGUAUUGGAAGACAAGUAGGGAGACUCGGGAAGGCUAUGGGUAUGGAUGUUGUGGCUUAUACUGCUACACCGAAACCUACGGCCGAGAGUCGGAAAGAUCAUGGGUUUGUUGUUGAUGGAACGGGUGAUGUGGAUGGAAGUAUUCCCAGUGAUUGGUAUAGUGGGCUGGACAAGGAGAGCUUGCACGAAUUCCUGAAGCAGGAUCUCGAUUGGUUGGUGGUAUCUGUUCCAUUGACGAAGCAGACACAGCAUUUCCUUGGAGAGGAGGAAUUCAAAGUGCUGAGCGAGGGAGGCAAACGGCCGGUGUACGUGACGAACAUUGCCAGAGGACAGAUCAUCGACCAAAACGCGUUGAUCAAGGCUUUGAAGGACGGGACGUUGGCUGGCGCGGCGUUGGACGUUACAGACCCGGAGCCGCUGCCUAGUGACAGCGAGCUUUGGGGUCUGGAGAACGUGAUUAUUACGCCGCACAUUUCAGCCACGGCAGAAGGCUACAUUGAGAGGACAUUCAAGGUCUUGGAGCAAAAUCUCGAGUUGCGAGAGAAAGGAGAGAAGUUGAUCAAUGUCGUGAAGCGCGAGAGAGGAUAUUGA